CCGACUGCCAAGGUACUCGCAGAAGUCGUGAAAAUGAGCCAAUAUUGCUUGCUCUUUACGUCCAUCCAUUUAAAUGAGGGGGCUGCCCGUGCUAAUACGUUUUACAACCCCGUGUCUGUACUUCCCUCGCGGUCCCAGACUAAUACCGCCCAGACGUUGCCUUCAACCACCCUCUCAUCGCCACGCUCUUGCAAUGACAGCUUCCGACUGGAAAGUAGUCCCUCAGAACCAUCUCAUUCCUCUAUACAGUCUCUUCAGUAGACCUCUCGAAAGGUCUCAGGUUGACGACCGUCAGUACAGCGUCAUCAGGCUCGAGAAUGGUCUCACCGCCAUGCUCGUCCAUGACCCAUGCACCGAAAACGCAGCCGCCAGCCUCAAUGUGGGCAUCGGACAUCUCUCUGAUCCGGAUGACAUGCCAGGUCUGGCCCACUUUUGCGAGCAUCUGUUGUUCAUGGGCACCAAGCAAUUCCCCAAAGAGAACGAAUACUCGGAGUAUCUGUCCAAGAACAAUGGGGGUUCAAAUGCCUAUACCUCGUCAUCCAACACCAACUAUCAUUUUCGUGUUUCUCCUUCAGCUCUUCCAGGGGCACUCGAAAGGUUCUCUGGUUUCUUCCAUAGUCCCCUCUUUGCACCGUCCUGCACUGCGCGUGAACUCAAUGCGGUAGACUCGGAGCACAAAAAGAAUCACCAGGCGGAUCCGUGGAGAAUCUUUCAGCUCAACAAGACCCUCUCCAAAGUAGGUCACCCUUGGAGUAAAUUCGGUACGGGAAACCGUGCCACCUUGACUGCAGCUGGUAGAGAAGCCAAGGCGAAAGGCAAGCUCUCUACCAACACCCUCGUCAACGGAAGCGAGGCUGUAAAGUCCGACAGCAUCAGCAAGGAGCCCUCCCCAAGAGCUUCGAGAACACCAUCUCCGACCCCUUCCGGCUCGUCCGCUAACAGUGAAUCCGACGCAGAUGGUGGCUCUAUAGGCCGUGAAACUCGUCGGCGUUUGAUCGAGUGGUGGAGCAAAGAGUAUUGCGCGAGCCGGAUGGAGCUCUGCGUGAUAGGCAGGGAACCCCUCGAAGAGUUGGCAGCUAUGGUUUCCAAGCUUUUCUCUCCGAUCCCCAACCGUGGUCAGGGUCCGUCUCCAAUAAUCGAUGAUCAUCCAUUUGGGCCCAACGAGACAGGCACCCUCGUCUCUGUGCAGACCAUCAUGUCCUUCCACGCCGUCGAAAUAUCAUUUCCUCUUGCGUGGCAACCACCACUGUGGAAAUACAAACCGGGAAACUUUUUGUCUCAUUUCCUGGGACACGAAGGUCAUGGUUCUCUAUUCGCGUACCUCAAAGACAAGGGAUGGAUCACUUCCCUCACUGCCGCAACUCAAGCACUGGGUCGCGGUUUCGCAAUGUUUAAAACGACGAUGUACCUGACAAAGAAUGGUUUCGACAACUACCGCUCUGUCGUGCUUGCCACAUUCAAGUACCUCAACUUAUUGCAGACUUCUGAGUUUCCACACUGGUUUCAAUCCGAGAUUGCUACGCUUGCGAAGACUCAGUUUCAGUUUGCUGAGAAACGUUCAGCGGAAGGGUAUGCUGUUUCAAUUGCAGAACGGAUGUCAUGGCCGGUGCCAACCGAGAAGCUUCUAUCCGCCCCUGCACUUAUCUCCGAGUGGGAAGGUGACCAAGGAGAACGACAGGUUAGGGAAGCUUUGGGAAAUCUCCGAGUAGAUUCAGGGCGCGUGGUUUUAAUGGCAAAGAAGGAGGAACACGAACGUAUCUUCGGUGGAGAGAAAGCCUGGCAAAGUGAGAAGUGGUAUGGAACUGGGUACACCGUUGAACGGUGGGAUGACCAGUUUUUAAAUGAAGCUCGAAGUCCCAAUGAUAUUCCUGAUCUUCGACUCCCUGGACGCAAUGAAUUUAUCCCGACCAAUCUUGAUGUAGAAAAGCGUGACGUUCCUGAGCCUCAACACAGGCCCCAUCUAAUCCGCCAGUCCGACAUCUCCAAGGUGUGGUACAAGAAGGACGACCAGUUUUGGCUGCCGAGGGCGGCUGUGAUCAUCGAUAUCCGCAGUCCGGUGGCCAAUGAUAGUCCUCGCACUACUGUCCUUACUAAACUUUGCGUGGACCUUGUCAAUGACUCCCUUGCCGAGUACACUUACGAUGCUGAAUUGGCUGGACUGGGAUACCACGUAACUUCCCAAAGUCUCGGCAUGACGAUAUCUCUCAAAGGGUACAACGACAAGCUUCCCGAACUCGCCAAAUACGUUGUCAGAGCGCUGAAGAAUUUAGUGCCAACACAGGACAGGCUGAAUGUGAUGAAAGAAAAACUCAAACGCGAAUGGGACAACUUCUCUAUGAAUCAAAGUUACCAACUAUCGGACUACUAUGGGCGGUACAUGCUCGCGCAUCAUACCUGGACUAUCGAAGAAUUGCUCGAAGAACUCCCUGGAGUGCAGUUAGAAGAGGUGACAGCCCACAUUAGACAUGUGCUUAGCAAGUUAAACAUGCAGAUGCUAGUUCUUGGGAACAUGUAUAGAGACCAAGCUGUCGCUUUGUCGGAAUGUGUCGAGGACAUCCUCGAUUCGAGCCCAUUGGCCGAAGAACAAGUACCCUCUGACCGGGCCCUUAUUCUUCCCGAUGGAUCCAACUAUACGUGGAUUGCUCCAGUACCCAAUUCCAACGAAGCGAAUUCCGCGCUGACGUAUUACGUCCAUCUUGGCCAACUCAACGACCCGAGGCAGCGGGUCGUGGGAGCGUUAUUGGCAAAGAUUAUGUCCGAGCCAGCAUUUAAUAUCCUUAGAACCAAAGAGCAGCUGGGAUAUAUUGUUUCGUGUUCACGGUGGACGUUGCUUGGUGAUUCCCAGUUUGGAAUACGCAUCGUCGUGCAGAGCGAGCGUGGGACGGGAUACCUUGAGGAACGCGUAGAGGCCUUCCUUGAUACCAUGGAUACCAGGCUCGAGGAAAUGGAGAACCAGGAGUUCGGUGACUUCAAGAAAGGUAUGCAGCGAAGGUGGAGAGAACCUGCCAAGAACCUUGGUGAGGAGGCUUCCACGUAUUGGCGACACAUCGACUCUGGCUUCUUGGAUUUCCUUCGACGCUUCGAGAACGCCGACCUAAUUGAGAAGGUGGAGAAGCACGAGGUCGUAGCAUUGUUUCGAGAGCGUGUGCACUCCAAGUCACCAAAGCGCGCUAAGCUAUCUGUUCACAUGCAAUCUCAGAAACCGCGGCCCCCACGGAUCAGCGCGACAGCUGUGGAGGCAUUUGAAGCCCUGGUUCGGGAGGCAGAUAUACCUGUUGACCUGGCGACUACCAAGGGCGAAUUCGACCAAGCAAGUCCGGUUGUCGCAGAUUUCAUGAAGCAUUGGAAUGAUGUACUCACGGAGGAUGUUGUCUCCGCUGACGUCGCUAGAGAUUUGUUAGGGAGACUUCCCGCCCUGAUGGAGCAGUACCCCGUCCGGAAUGAGAAUGUCUACACCGGUUCAGCGGACGUGACUCAUAUAGAGGACAUUGGAGCGUUCAAGGCGACUCUCGACGUAUCGCCUCCCCCUCGACCACUCGUAGACUGGAGUGAUCUUCCGAACGCAAAGUUGUAGAAAUUCGGUGUGAUAUUGUAUUGUGUACGAAAUAUGCCGCUGUAACACACAACCUUAGUCUCGCAUUAAUGAAAGGGAUUUGUAGCAUUAACGGCUCUUGCUGAUAGCGAGCGGUAAAGUGAUAAGCAACCAGAGGGUUUG